UCAACAUCAAAUAAAAUGAAGCGGAAUUUGAAAGCUUCAAUUAAAUUCUUGAAAAUGGUGUUGAAUAUUUUUUUAUAAUCAAACUGAAUAAUUCUUUUUGUUGAUUCGUUUCAUUGACGAUAACGAAAAAUUGAAAAUGUGAUACAUGUGUCAACUAGUUAUUGAAGAAUUUGGUCCAGAAUUCCUUGAGAAACACCACUGUUAUUGACAUUAGAGAAAUUGCCAAGUGUGUUGUGUAUUUUCCCUAUGUUUUCAAUUUUGAAGAUUAUUUAGUUUAUGAGAUUAUAAGUAAAUCGUUGUUCAGACUUUUAGUGACCAAAAUAUACGUUAGAAAUGUAGUUAGUGUCUAAAAUAGCCACGUAUUUGUUUGUGCGGGUUUGUAUGUGGUAUGAGUCGAAGAUAAUUGUUUUCCUCAAACAUAAACAUGGCUGCUCCUUCAUCUUUAUAUUCAUUGCCAAAUAAAUGGAAUUGAGAUUCAUGAAAGGAAAUCUACAGACCAGUAUGAUUUCUCAACGCCCAGGCUGUGUCUGCACGUCAGGCUGUAGUCUGGGCAAACUAUGAACUUAUUUGGUUGCCUGUUUCCAUGUGCCCUGCAGCACAGUUGGUGGAGCUUUGGUGGUGAGCAGUGCAUGUCAGACGAAUUCACACACAGAAUGGGAGUGAAUGCAUCUACAUCACCAGCCAUUGAUGCCAGUUUGGUUUCUAGCCUAGGAGGAGAUUCAUGCACUUCUGCUUAUAGGGAUACUAUCGGGAUGGUUCGAGAAAGAAAAAAGAAAGUAACAGGAUUUGCAACUUUGAAAAAGAAAUUCAUAAGAAGGAGACGUUCUUCGAAGGCAUGUGAUCAUGGUAGAAUGCUUAGGGAACUGGUUUCGGAUUGGAGUCCUUUGGAAGUAGCUGCACUGUUAGGAGAAUAUGAGGCGUUAGCAGCUCUAAAAGACCUAUGUGUUCAGGCAGAACUGGCCAGACCACCUGCCGCAACUUUCAAACAAGAUCUCUCUGCAUUAUAUGAUUUCAAGUAUUGUACCGAUGCAGAUUUAGUAUAUCGAGGAGCAUGCUUUCCAAUACAUCGGGCGUUACUUUCCUCACGGUGUCCUUAUUUUCGGGAUCUCUUAUCUGGAUGUCCUGGAUAUGGUGCACGAAUUUGUUUGGAGUUAAGAACAGCUACAGUUGAUGUGCAAUUGUUCUCUGCCUUGUUAAGAUAUUUGUAUACUGGUGAUAUUUGUCCUCAUAACACUAAUAUUGAUAUGAACUUGCUACGAAGACUGAGGGAGGAAUUCGGAACUCCCAAUGCUCUUGAAGCUGAUUUAAGAUAUUUACUUGAGACUGGUGAUUAUGCUGAUGCGGCUUUAGUUUUUACUUCUGAUGGGUCGGAUUGUCAGAGACCAGACUCCGGAAGUUCAGAAUAUGGAUUCAGGCCAAAGUUAGAGUUGCCUUGCCAUAAAGCUAUACUAUCUGCUAGAUCUCCCUUCUUCAGAAAUUUAUUGCAGAGGCGAUCAAAGAGUGGAGAGGAACACACUGAAAGAGCACUCCACAUUCCAACUAGGAUUGUUUUAGAUGAAACUGUUAUUCCUAAAAGGUA